AAAAAUAUGAACAUAAAAGUGUAGCUAUAAGGAACAAAUGUUUUGUAUUGGUAUUACUGCGGAAACAGUGCCGGCAAGACUUUCUAUACGUAACAUAACCUAUAUGUAGACUUUACAAGAAAUUGAAUAAAUAUUCUUAUUGAAUCGAUAUACAAUAUGAUAUCGACAGCUAGAGCUAUACUUCGUGUUGAACAACAUAUAAAUUACAAUAUUGUGGUUAAUGGGUUUCAUCAAUCUUGCGUACAAUAUUUGAAUCAGAGAUGGAGACAAAAACGUGGAUUAACAGCUAAUCCAAAUACUUUUGGUCCCUUGACAAAUUUGCCAGAUUAUACAUUUCAAGAUGGAAGAGUAACGCCUCUCGGAAUAAGACAGAAAGCACGCUUAGAUAAACAACGUGAUUACGCGGCAAGAAUUAUCACAUUAGUAGGAGAGAUGGAUUAUGCUGUUGAAAGACAUGCUAAAUUGCAAGAAAAGAAAAAACAAAGGAGGCAAAAAAUCCUAGAUAAUAAAUUGAAACCUAAAGGAGAAUUACUACUUCAAAAACAAGCAGAUAAGAUAAAACAGUAGUUGUAUGUAUAAGAAAAUAAUAUACUUGCUUAAAUAUUAUAUA